CACAUUCACACUCAGUCACAGCCUUACCAGAAUAUCCAAUCAUGCCAUCACUGCUCGUCAGCAACGCAGCAAACUUGGAGCAAAUGGUAUUGGCUCAUCUACGUAUUUCUGAUUUCUUAUACGCAUUGGUGUGCCACUGGCUUUCUGGUGUUUUGAUAUUGGCAGUAAGCGCUAGACAAGAAAAUGGGCUUUGCACCCACCGCUGGGAGUGUUUGGUAGGAGGAGUUCAAUGUGUAAUCCGCAUCAUCUUCGUGGAGGUGUCAGCACACUGCCCACUGAGUGGCACCCGCUUCUACUACUACUUAGUAUACGAGCACCCAGGAAACAGCUCCGAACGAGAUCAGGCGGUUGGCUUCUGGUCAGGCUCUUACUCAGCGGUUUUCAGUGGUCAUGCCCGGGGCAUGCCAGCCAACCUGUCCCGCCACGAUUCGUCAGCUAAGUGAGGACUUAGGCCCCAUUAUUGCAUAUUCACGAGUUGCAGUGGCUGUGCCUGGCUUUGUUCCAGCCUGUUUUAGCCGUUCAACCAUGUGCGGUGACUGCUGUCUCGUUGAGCUGCACGCAGUCGAGGCAUCGAGUCUUUUCGCAGACCGAAACAGCGAGAACGGACACUUUCUGACCGUCCGUAUUGAUUGUAAUGGAAAGGGACCUGGCUGAGGUGGGCUGGCCUUCGUGCCCUGGGCCUCGAAGAGAUACUGUACAAAUACAGCUGCGGCUGGAGCUGAACCCCAAAAAGCCUUGGAUAGCAUCGAUCCCCCUGGCUUUACAACUACAGUCUUGGCUUCAGGCUGAUCUGCUAGUCACUCACUCGCACCUCCUCGUAUUACAAGCUAACAAAAGAUGUUUAACAGGCUCUUCCAUGCAGUGUGGUGCUGCGGCCAAUGCCAACCAACUAACCCCAUGAUAUGGGCAAUUGUCGUGCCACGUAACAGCCACUGUGGGCAAGUAAUAUCCAUUGCCCGUAAAGGGCUGAGAAUGGCUUUGAAUUUCCCAACCAUGGCUUUGUACCGAAUCCUAGGCCUGCGAACACAGCAAUCAAGGUAUGUACGCUGUGCUGUACCUACGUUCCGAGAUCAGAUGUGUUGUUUCUCGCUUAUGCCUCCUUUUUUAAGGCCACCACUGCAGCCCUCCCCCAGGGCCUGAUCGGGUGGCCUGGUCAUCAUCAUAUUAAAGGAAGGAAGCUUGGCUUGACCAGGGUUUACGAUGAGUGCUUCCAUCUCAUUCUCCUCCCAGCGAGCUGAACCUGAUGUGAGGAAUCUGAGGGCCUGUGAAUAAGGAUGUCACUUCUGCUCUAUCUUCUAUCACCAAAAGGCAAGAGGGCCGCCCGUCGAUCUCCUUCCCUUCCCUUCCCAUCAUAUCACUGCCACCAGGCAUACAGUGUACUACUACACUAUCUGAAGAAACCUGAGUUGUGCAGCCUGACUCAAGUGACGACCUUGUCAAGCCUGGCCCCCAAUCCAGUCCGUUCCGUCUCGUUCAGCCUUACACCAUCGAUCGAGAUCGACUUGGUCUACUUAGGCCACACACAGCUUUGCUACCAUUUGGUUGGUUUUUGAUUGCCUACCCGGCUUGAUCUGCUUCGGUUCGGGAUUAUUAAAGCAACCCGCCCACUCGCCUGGCACAGCAGAAAUUCCCUUUUGGUCACCUACCUCGCUCACCUAGGUAUCACGCUGCUGGAUCUGGUCACCAAUACCUGUUUUGCUCUUUGCCAACGAGCAUCAUCCCUUCUCAUUUCGACCAAGUGGCAUUCAGCCAGGCACAGCAGACCCGAAGAGAGAGAGGAACCAUCACAUCCUCUGUCCGGCCAAGGAAGGCAGUGGCACUCUGAGCAGAAAGCCUUUUUGCGUCCGAGUGUAUUGUGUUGGACCACUGCUUUUCGAGGAGGUAUACUACUACGUACGACACCGCCCGUACGAGUUUUGCUCUGGCCGGUCAUCCUUCUUGUGUCGGACCGUCGGUUCCUUGAGCUCAACCCAGCACACAGGCGUUCCACAGAAAGAAGCAGAAGCAGGACCAACUAGCCUCUAGCAGACAGAAAAGGAAGAGAAAACAAAAAGAUGUCCUAUUUACCUCUCUACAUCGCUCUAAGUCUGCUAAUGGUCGACGGCCUCAUCGAAGUCGGAUUCGUCGGCUCAAUGGUCGGCUUCCUCCACGACCGAGCAGGCAAAUAUUUUACUGUCAACGCGCCCCAGGGCACAUUCAACUUGCACGGCAAGCCGGCGGGACUCUUAGUCAACCAGGGCCACACGAGCAACGGCGCCGCGGGCACUGCGGUGGUAUUGGUUGGGAUUGGGGGGUUAUUGACGAUAUGGUAUGAGAAGAGAAGACAAGGACAACGGAGGAAGCAGCCAUCACCGUCGUCACAAAUCCAAUCCACAGAUUACGGACAGCAGCACGAACAGUACAACGACUCACGCGGCGGCCCGUCACGGCUCUUUCUAUUCUGGACACUCAUGACGGUUUUAUCAGCAAUGUUAACACUCGCUGCCCUAAUCUACACCUUCAUCGUGACCUACCAGACGGACCACCAAACAAUAAAUCUCUCCGUCGCAGCGGCCAACCCAGAACCGGCAUUCUAUCCGCUAGACAAGUGGACGCCCGAGAAUUGGUUUGUGGCCGUGCUUGCCCUGCCGCUUGCGCAUGAGUCGGAUAGGAGGGAUAUCAGGAAUCAUUUGAGGCUGAUGCGUGGGUGGCGGUGGAAUUUGAUUCCGUUGUUUGUGUUGGGGGUGGUGGUUGUGGCGUUGGCGGUAUGGGAGGUUGUAAGGGGGCGUGUGCGUGGUCGUCGUGGCGGUGGUGGUGUUGGUAAGAGAUGGGUCCAGGGUGAUGAAGCGAGGGAAAAGUUUAGGCAUUCGAAAGGGAGCUCGGGGGUUUAAAGAAAAGAGCAGAACAAGGAGAGGGAGGUGUUGAGGUACUAGUACAGUACUUGAUAAUUACCUAACUUACUGGGUGGAGUUAAAAGCAGGGGGUUUACUGGGACAAUUUGGGAGAGGAGUUCAUUUACAUUGCCUUUGCAUGGUUCUGUUCUUACAUGUGUACAGUAUUUUAAUCAAGUUAACUUACAUUGCUUACCUCUGUGAUUGGUGUGUGGAUUGAGAGAAGGGAUCAGAGUGGAUUUAGAUGAGAAGGCUGCGACUCGGAGCGAAAAGACGAGCACAUUGUUGAUUGAAUACCCCAUCCUGGCUUCAAGCCUGACUCGCAUCAAUCAGAUGGCGACUGCGGUUGAGACAUUUUGGCCCCGUGCGCGCCCAAAUCACCUUCAUAUGACUGAGCCUUUCUUCUUUGCUGUCCUCUCCUGCCACCACUUCUUCAUUCCAUGGACAUCAAACCCCAACUCUAACAGCUUCUGCUCGUUGCUGAUGAACCAACCACCCCCGCUGUUGUGGGCUUCUUGGUCAGGUGAUUCGGAACUGUCGUCUUGUACCCGAGUCCCAAAGCUGGCAUACUUGUUCAAAAUCACAUCGUCCCCACAUCUCUGCAUGACCACAUCUUUGAGCAAAGCCACAGUACCAGGUUUAGGCAAGAAGUUCUUGGCGUCGACGAAGACGGCUACCGUAAUGCCAGCUUGUCGGUGUGAUACGCUCGGAUCGUGGACCUUGACAUGUCGUUUUGGCGGGAACGGGGUAUUUGGUUUGUGGAUGAGCGAGGACGACACCCAUGAAAUCACGCAAAAGAUGGUGCAUGAGUAGUUGCGUGGUGGGAGGGAGUUUGCUGGAUUUAAGAGAGAGGCUAGCGUAUGCAGUGGAGUGGUGGCUGCGGUAGCAGAGUAGGAUGGGGCUGUUGAAGUCAUGUUAGAGAGUGUUGUGUUGUUUGUCGUCGGUCUUUUAUCGUUGUCUUGGACCUCUUUGACCUCCUCCGGCUGGCUAGGAGAAAGCCGGUCGGCAUUGGUGGGAUCGUUGCAGGCCUGGACUAUCUCGGUGAGGACCUCAUGGCCGCCAUUCGACAAAGUUGUUGCUCUAAUUGGAGCUGACUUAUUUGCUUUCUCUUCUGGUUGUUGAUUGGGCAGAUCGGGAGGCUUGGGCUCUUGUUGGACAAGACAUUGCUGGGAAUAACGAAGCAUCAAUCGGCGUUCCUCUACCUGGGACUGAGACGCCACCAGCGUACCAAAAUAUUCCUCCUCAGAGUCGUCGUCGUCACAGUUCAAGGUCCGGCAAUCGGUAGACGGCGUGCUUCGACCACUGGCGACCGGUUGGUUGGUUGUCUGUCGUCUUUUUGACCGAUGCGGGUCAUUGUCGUAUCCUAUCUCACGACACCGUUUGCCCAACCGCUUGGGAUCCAGAUUGUUGUUGGUGGCCAUUGCACGUGCAGAUGCGCCCUUACUGCCGGGUCCUUGUUUGGCCUCCUCUGCCAUGUCUUGGUCCUCGUGGAAGAAGCCACUCUCGGAUUCGAGCUCAGGUUUCGUCGUCUCUUCUCUGCCAACCCAUACGCAAUGCUGGAUUCCGAAGUAGAUCACCUUGCCUUGCCCGGUCGUUCGGGCGGCGAUUCGUAGUUGAUAGUCACUGAGUUCAAGAAUGUCCCCCUUCUGUAAAUUCAACAACUCG